GGGGCCGGUGUCUUCGUUCCCCCCGGCGCCCAGGCACUCGCUUGGCUUCGGCUCCGGCGCGGCCAGGAGGUCGGCCGUAGACACCGCCGGGCCGGAGAGGUCAAAUCUUGGUGCUGCUGGCCCCUCUAGCUCGGCUGUCAACAGAGGAGCGCCAGAAAGGUCCGAUACUGGCCCUGCGGACGAGGACGAUCCUGAGGAAAGCAGCGAUGAGGACGGCAUGCCUGCUCCGGAGCAGCAGCAAGAACAACAGGAUCUUGGUGCUGGAGCUGGAGACGUCCAACACCAGGGCUAUGAUGCUGGAGUUGGAAACGCUAAUGGGUACGAAGGCUAUGCAUGGGAUCCAAACUAUUAUGCAUAUUAUGGUUUGGAUCCGAAUAGCAAUUUGAAUUAUGGGGCUGAACCACAGUAUGCAGCAUAUGGAGUAGAGCAAGGUGGUGGGUAUGCAAAUGGAUAUGGCGGGGAGCACAGUGGUGGAUACGAGCAUUCGACAGCGCCUCCAUGUGGAGGGGAAUAUACUGGAGGUUACAGUGCUGAGGCUGUGGCAAUGGCAGCGCCACCAAUGCCGGAGCCGGCACUGCCACCAGAAUUGGGCAGGAUUGGAGUGAAGAGAGGUAGGAGGGAUAUGCCUAUGGAGAUUAUAGAGGUGAAUCAGGCAGAACUGGUCAAGAACCGUCCGAGGGAGGACAAAUCCAAGCUCACGGGGAUGGCCUUUGGUCCUAGUUACCAGGCCGCCCCUUCGGGGAAGGGAAAGCCCUCCAAGCUGCAGAAGAGAAAGCAUCAGAUCGGUUCUCUCUUCUACGACCUGAAGCAGAAGGAGAUGGAGCUUACCGAGAGGCGUGCCAAGGGCUUCCUCACGAAAGCGGAGACUCAAGCAAAAUAUGGGUGGUGAGAAUGGUCAUGAAGACAGCCUUGUAUAUCAGAAAUUCAGAAUCGAGCUGUAACUGUUUAUCUAUCUUGUUGUUUAACAUUUUGUUGUAGUGCCUGGUGAUGUGAACCCGUUGUACGAUUAUAACCAAACAAAUAGUUCAUUCAACCUUUGCUUGUAAACUGUGCAUCAAUUUUUACGGACCAUAUAAAGAAGGCAAAGUGUUCCUGCGA